CAAACCUUGCGCAAGGAAAGUGGGCAUUGCAGAGAAUAUCCGUAUUUUCUAAAAUUCAAAAACGCUCGGAUGUGUCUGCACCUGUAGGAUAAUAAAACUAAAUCAAGUAUUGUUUUCUAUAAAACCAUCAGACAUACAAAUUUCUCAUCCAAGAUGGUAUUUUGUAAACUGAAUUGCAGAUUAAUCUGAACUUACAGAUUUCAAAUUUCCCGCUGUGAUCGAUAGUGGUGUAAAGACUAAAGACAAAUGUGCACGACAUGUAAACGUAAACCAAAAUUUAUUUCUUAUCAUAGAUUAGAGUAGAAAUCUUUCGUAGUAUACAUAAGCAACAUUAUGAAAUAUUUGCUAGCAUUUCUUUUUAUACUUAGUACAGUGCCUACUUUCUCAAAAGCCGAUUUUAAGCAACCCACAAUUUUAAUAUCCAUUUUAGCUAGGAAUAAGGCUCACACACUGCCAUAUUUCCUUUCCAAUUUGGAAAGGCAGAAUUAUCCCAAGGAUCGCAUAUCUCUUUGGAUACGGAGUGACCACAAUUCAGAUAAUACCAUAGAUAUUUUGAAAGUAUGGAUUUCGUCUGUGAAGCACAAAUACCAUUCAGUAAAUACAGAAUUCAUAGAUGACGAGAAGAGUUACCCAGAUGAAAUGGGACCAGGACACUGGACUCCUCAGCGUUUCAAACAGAUAAUUUAUUUGAGAGAGGCUGCCCUAGAACAUGGUAGAAAAAUAUGGGCCGAUUAUUUACUGGCUAUCGACUGUGACGUUUUCUUAACUAAUCCAGAUACGCUACCAUACCUUGUAUCAAGAAACUACACUGUAGUUGCCCCUAUGUUGAAAUCUGAGGCUUUAUACUCCAACUUCUGGUAUGGCAUGACUGAAGACUAUUACUACCAAAGAACUGAUGAGUACAAGCUCGUUCUGCAUAGAGAGACUGUAGGUUGUUAUAGCGUACCCAUGAUACAUUCUUGUGUUCUGAUAGACUUAAGGAAAGAGGAAUCUGAUUUUCUCACCUAUGAUCCUAACAAUAUCAAAAACUUUGAAGGCCCUACAGAUGAUAUUAUUUCCUUCGCUGUGUCUGCUAACAGAAGUGGAUUUGAGCUGAAACUUUGUAAUGAGGAGGAAUUUGGAUAUAUAAUGAUUCCUCUAGAUGAAGACAAUUCCAUAGAACUUGACUAUGAACGACUAGUCAAUACCAAAAUGGCAGUACUUCAUGAGUAUGAACCCUUAUUUGUCAAUUCUAUCUUAAAACCAUAUGUGAGACCUCUUCCAAAAAAGGAUACAUUGGUGUUUGACAAGAUAUAUAUGAUAAACUUGAAAAGGCGUCAUGAGAGGAGAAAAAGGAUGCUAACCUGCUUCGACGAAUUAGGUUUAGAAGUUGAUUUAGUCGAUGCUGUUGAUGGACAGGCCCUCAACGAGAGCUUUUUGGGAAAAAUUCUAUUUUUACCGGGAUUUGAAGAUCCCUAUCAUAAAAGGCCCAUGAAGCUAGGAGAAAUUGGAUGUUUCCUAAGUCACUACAAUAUCUGGAGAGAUGUGGUUCAUAAUAAAUAUAGUAGUGUUCUAAUAUUAGAGGAUGACAUCAGAUUCGAACCAUUUUUCAGAACGAGAGUAAAGGCUCUGAUGAAUGAAGUUAACAAAAUGCCCAGCUGGGACUUGGUAUAUUACGGAAGAAAGAUAUUGCAAGACGAUGAAAAAUGGGUUGAUGGUACAAACUACCUCGUAGAAGCUGGCUACUCAUAUUGGACAUUGGGCUAUGUGCUGAACUAUAAUGGGGCUAAUAAACUCCUGGAUGCUGAUCCUUUAUCGCGUCUCGUACCUGUUGACGAAUAUUUGCCAAUUCUGUUCGACAAACACCCGCAGGUGAAUUAUCUUUAGAUGACUUAUAGGAUGGAAUGUUGCAUUUUUUUAUUUCUGCUGGCUUUGUAUAUCUUGUUUAAUACGUGAUUAGAUUUGACACUACUACACGUCACGCACAGUGUCAAAAUCUCCCCAAAUAUUAAUGUUGAAUACUACAGAAUAGUCAAAUUUAGGUAUUCUUGUGUCACUUUACUGUAUAUCUCAAACCGGACAUUAAUUAUAGUCUUAUACAUAAUUAAAUCACGUUUUCUUUGCAGGAAGACUGGAAGAAGCAUUAUCCUAAGAGAAACCUAGUUGCUUUAUCCGCAGCACCACUGUUGCUCUACCCUACGCACUACACCGGAGAGAAAGGUUACAUCAGUGAUACUGAAGAUUCUGUUGUUAUUGAGGAGGUAUUACAUACCCCCAAAGAAGAUUUGUAGUAAGGUUUUCAGGGGUAAUGGGGCCAGGAUCUGAUCUUUGAUAUUUUAUAUAAACGUACAUAAUUUUCUUAGUGCCAUUUGAUUAUUAUUUAUGAGCAAUCAUUUCAUUUUGUGCCAUAUGCGAGGUGAGGUCUCUUAUAAGUAUGAGCGUUUUUAUUUUUCCGAGUGAUAAACUUUUUAUAUAAUCUGUGUAUAUAUCUUGAAUAAAGGUUUUGCAAAGUAAA